AUGGAAAAGCUUUCUAUCCAGAAGGACGUUGAGGUGCCGCCCGCGGCCGGCGCCGCGGCCGGCGCCGACCCGUUCCCCCAGCCGGGAUCGCCUGGGGGCGGAAAGCGGCUGCGAUUUGGCAUCCUGGACAGGCCCCCUGUGGUGGAGGCCAUCCUCUUGGGCUUUCAGCAAUAUCUGGUGAUGCUUGGCUCCACGGUCCUCAUCCCCAGCAUCGUGGUGCCCCCAAUGGGCGCCAACGACACCGACCUGGCCGCCGUCAUCAACACCAUAUUCUUCGCUUCAGGCAUCAUCACGCUCAUCCAGACGCUGGUGGGUGACCGGCUGCCGAUUGUGCAGGGCGGCAGCUUCGCCUACAUCAGCCCAGCGCUCGCCAUCACGGCUCAGAUCAAGGCGACGAUGACGUUCCCAUCAGAGCACGAACGCUUCUUGUACACGAUCCGUGUCGUCAGCGGCGGCGUCAUCGGCAGCGGCCUGAUCGUGUUUGGCAUCGGAUUCUUCGGCAUCAUCCACCCGGUCCUGCGCGCAAUCAGCCCCGUCACCGUCGCCGUGAACAUCGCGGUGCUGAGCAUUGCGCUGAUCGGGGCGGGGUUCCCCGGCAUCAUGCCCUGCCCCCACCUGGGGUUCAUCGUGAUCUUCCUCGUCAUCCUGUUCUCACAGUACCUCACGAAGGUGUCGGUUCCCCUGGGCCGCGGCCGCAGGUGGCACAUCUUCAAGCUGUGCCCCGUCAUCCUCGGACUGUUCAUCUCCUGGUGA